AAUUGUAUCAUUAGCAGCCGAGGUCAGCGUCCUUGCCGUAUGCCGGGUGGGGCUCUAUAUGCCGAUGCCAACGACAAGUCAUACAUCGUGGAUGUAGGGCGGCAACGCUUCCCAUCAGAGCCUCCCAGCUUUCCAAAACAACUGUUGCAUAUGUCGGGGCCACUUCUGUCAUAGGAAGGGUAUGACGACAAAGCAGCUAAGCGGAUGGCAACGGGUUUGGGGAGGGGCAUUCACAGGGUGCGGGAAGUCUUUCCGGGGUUGCCCUGGGCGCCGUUAGCAACAAACAGCACGCGGUUACAGUACGCGUUCAAAAAUACAACAUUAUACAGCACGUUGCCUGAAGGCCUGGCACGUGAAGGAAAGGGUUAUCUGCGCAAAAUGGGGCCUGUACAGGUGCCCGUGUGAACUCGAAUUUCCCAGCUGUAUUAGUACAGAUAUAGUGUCGAGUUCAUUCCAGCCUAAUAGGAUAGCUAGGUCGACAGGGCUGGCUCAGCGUUUUCCGGGUGGGGAAUAUUAAGCAGGCACUCAUAGUUGUGGUGCGUGGCCCUCUAGUUCUCUGCAUAACAUAUUAAUGCAUUGCAAACAGCUCGAGGGAUAAUUGGCUUCAGCUGGACAGCGAGUCGCGUGGGCGGGGCAAGAGCCCGCUACGCCAGCUACACAAUGAUGCAGUGCGGCUCGUGCGCUUCUCAAAAUGACUGUGCUUCAAUUUGCGGUGGAUGCUCAAGACUUCGCAACAUGGCUGCGGCGAUGCCCGGCGUCAAGCUCGGCCUCGACGAGUACAAGUCCCUGAAAUCGAAGUUUGCGACUCUCCUGGUAAAUGCAGAGGACAUGGCAGCGCUGGCCUGCGGCUGGUUCAAUGAGGAGGAAUUCGCCGGCCGCAUGAGGAUGUACGAGGCGGCUGUGCUGGCGCGCAUACGGCAAGCCGGCGUCGCGGCCCAGCAGUGCGCGGCGGAGGUGGUGGCGGCCGCGGAGGUGGCGGCGGCUGAGGGUGCAACGGCUGGCGGCGGCGGCGGCGGUGGCAACAACGUAAACGACGCACACGCCUUUCCCUCCACACCGGUGCAGAUGGAUUGCUCGCUGGUGCCCUUCCGCGGCGGUGUGUGGCUUAUGUGCUCAUUGUGCUACGGCCAUGUAGACGAGCAGGGUGCGCUGCACACCUCCAAGGUAUACUGCGUGCGCUUCAGUCAAGCCGACCCCACAGGCGCAGACACCAUCGAGACGCCGCCCUACGGCCGCGCCAGCACGGGUGCUCUGCGUGCCGCCCGCGCCGCCAUCGCCGCCUUCGCCGCCGACCUGCCCGGCGCCGGCCUCCACGUGGCGGUGCUCCGGCUGGGCCAGGGCCUGCUGCCGCUGCUGCACGACUCCCGCAUGACCAUGGCGCUCCGCGGCGCCGCCGCCGCCACCGCCGCCGGCGGCUGCCAGGUGCACCCGUCCAGCGCCUACCGCCGCGUGUUGGCGGCGGCGGCGGCGGCCGAUGCCGCCAACGAGGCGGCGGCGCGGCAGCGCCGGCAGGAGCAGCUGCAGGGGCAGCGGCAGCAGCUGCAGGUCGCCGACCAGGAGCCGGCGGCGGCGGGAACCGCAGGCCCCUCGGCCGCGGGAAGAGGUCAGCAGGCGUCGGCCGCAACGCCUGCCGGCCACGGCGGCGGCGGCGGCGGCGGCGGCCGGAUGCUGAUGGCGGCGCCGUCGCCGAGGCCGAUGCGUGCCGAGCCUGUGGACGCAGAUGACUGCUUGUUGGGGUACCUGAUCGGCAACAGCAGGAGCGCCCCCGGCGGCGGUGCCUUGGGUUUGGGUUACGGUGGCUCGGCGGCGGCGGCAGCGGCAGCGGGAGCAGCAGGCGCCGCGGCGGGCGCGGCGGCAGGCGCCGCCGCCGGCGUUGCAGCCGCUGCAUCAGGCCGCACGGGGGGCAUAUCCCCCAUGCAGUGUUAGACCUCAGGGAGGAUGUCAGGCAUCAGCAGGGCCUGGCUAGCUAGCUGGCGCGGCAGAGAUGGUGAAAUAUGAUGCCAUGGGAAUUAUUUUGAUUAUGAUUAUGAUGAUGUCUUGCACCAGACCUUCAGAUCAGACGCGCUCGGGGUGAGGUGCUCACAAGCUUAGGCAGCCCAGCCAAGCGUGCAUAACAUUUUGCAGUUGGCGACCUCAAUUGGGUGUCAUCAGCAUCUGUGUCGCACUUGACAGAACGCCAGCAGACAGAGGUGCAGGCAUCGCGUUUGUUACUGGCGGUGCAGGCUACAUACACAAGCAAAGGCACGGCAUUCAAACAUGCACUUUAUUGAAAUCCGCCCCUACACGUUUGUUUUGCAGUCAUAAGCUAGGUCAUGCGCUUUUUGGAUGUUUGGCUUGGGUGAACCCAACAAAUGGGCUUUUCUGCUGGGUAGCUGGCACACCCGGCGUACACACGUCACACACGCGACCCCGUAUGCUUGUACGGCAGCGGUGAUUGGUGUUCCACACUUCCAAGUAAGGGGCCACAGUUCAGUCAUCAAGGUAGACAGACGUAGCAAUCUUUUGUUCUAGAGUUCGCCGAGGACCUCAUUUUAGGGGCCGCCAGGAGACGCAUACACACAGGCACUCGGACCGUUGCGGAACUGCGGUGACACACAGCACGCAUCGGCGGGUGUUUCGAGUUUUCAGAGCACUGGGCGUUGAUUGGUGUUGCAUCGGAUGUGUCGUCAGGGCAGAAUGCGCUUGGUAAUGGAGCGCGGCGCGCAACAUUGAAGGUGUCGUAACGCACGCUCAGAAUUAAGGGGGGGCCGGCGUGUUGUUGUUCUUGUUAUUGUUGUUGUUGUUGUUGUGCCGCAGGGGCCCGCCCUUCCCUGGUGCCGUGAUCUCUUCAUCUCGAGCCCUCCGCAUGGGCGUUCCUGUUUUGAGCUGAUCAUCAGAGUGAUACGAGUCGUGUCUGUUGAUUGACAUUUUGACAAGUUUCAAUGCGCUAUGGCCUGCGCGCGCUAAGUGUUGCGGACGGAUUCACACGGGGAGCAAGGAAUGGGCCAUCCAUGGCACAGGCGGUCCUUGGCGUAAAGGGCACGUACGGCAGCGGUGCUUUACUCGGGCUUCCUUACACGUGUUACGCACAGCUGAAGGCCCGACUAUAACGGCUGCUAUUAGGGAGAGUUUUUGCAAACGUCCCUAGGCUGCAAUGUGUGAGGAGUGUGCCGGACAGAGCGCAGGUGGCUCGGUGGAGGGGCACGCAGGACAGGCAGCCAGCGAGCGCGUGUGAAACCCCACUACUGCUGCCCACGCAGGGGUGUACCUGUGUAUGGUGAUUAAUCAUUGAUGGCCCCGUGUGCAGGGUACCGUAUUGAGGGCGGGGAGGGGUGGCCGGGUGGUUGGUAAUAGCUUGCUCAUGUCCAGUCCCAAAUUUAAAAUGUUUAGAUCCAUAACAUGUAGCCAGGGCACAGAGCACGGACAAGUAAGGAGCAGGCGGGGGUGGGUGAAAUGGUGCGAGUAACCUUGAUAUGGGUGGUGCAUUGUGCUGGUGCAUCCUUCGCCCGGCAUGAGGCCAGCCACAUGCGCGUAUGUGUGCGUGCACGUAAUGGAGGGGGCGGGGGUACUUUCGAGGCGGGGGCCGCACGUGUGCCAGGGGUCUUCUUGAUUGCAGGGGUAGAAUUCAUUACUGUUGGGUUUGUUGCCUGCUGUGCUUUUGCUUGACAGCGGGACGACGCGGCUGAACGCAUGGCGGGCGGUGCAGCUGUACAACCGCGCUGUACAACCCGUCCCGGGCUAUGUCCGGGGGAUGAGGUAGUUUGAAGAAAACCUGCGGCCGCAGACGUUGCAUCAACGUGGCGUGGCGACAUAGCCGCCCACUUUCCCCUUCGAGAGGGAGAGCCCUUUCUUGUCAUGAUUGCAGCUGUCGCUUCUGUCGCGCACGUCGCAUAGGUUCUGCCACCAGGCCGUGCUGCUCUGGGUGGGUGUCGCCUUGCUUGGCGGUGUCAGCAGCUGCACUGUGACGCGCGGUUUGGCUCCUGAGUGCUGUCGAGCACGGAUCACAAGGCGGGGUGUCGUGCUGUGGAUUGGAAUGUUUCGGCCACGCAGGGGGCGAUCGACGGGGUUGGCCAGGCGGCGCGGGCGUGUGGGCCUGAGCGUGGGAGCAAUUCUGCACCAUCACACUGUAAAUGUAUCUUUCA